AUGAGCUCCAUCACAGCUCCCCGAAUCCGUCGCACGGCGCAAAACACACAGUUCACAUACAAUCUCUCGCGACGUGUCAACGAUGUGCAAACAUACCCCGUCCAGUCUCCCCAGGGUGCGACCAUCCUCAUAUACGGUCACGAAAACGGUGUGACCGUUGCCUGGCGAGGCGGCAAGCGAUUCAAGGCCGCCAAGAAGGCGCCCGAGAAAGAGAACGAGAAGCAGAAUGGCACAGGCGAGGACUCUAUCAUGAUUAUCGACUCGGACGACGAGGAACCGCCAGCCAAGUCCAAGACAGCGCCCCAAUUCGAGGACAAGCCCGAGUUUGAGGACGAGAUUGAGGAUGGCCCCUACCCCGAGAUCGUACAGACGCUCGACCUGGCUCUCGGGACUUCGGUGUUGAAGGUUGCGGUGAUGCCCAUGACCCUAACACCUGCUGAAGACGCCGCCUGGGGAGGAGCCAGAGUCUUGACCGAGAAGAUGGUCUUUGCCGUCUCAUGCGUUACCAAUGACGUCUACGUCAUCACGCUUCCUCUCACUCCCCCUUCUCCAGAGAGUAAGGCGAGGCCGGAGCUCAGGAAUGAUCUCCUGGCAGGCAAUGCUGGUUCUGGAGCCUGGGGCGAGUCGCUCAUCCUGCUUGGCGGCCAGAGCAAGCACAGCGAGGGCAUCGCCAUCAACCUGAUCAUGCCCACAGCCACUGAGCGACCAGGCACAAAGUCACGGGCGGUCGUCGCUUCACACUCGCGAGAGGCCUCGGGCGUCCUCCGUCUCUGGGAUGUGCCCCUGAACCCCAAAGACAAGCCCACAAGAGCCCUUGAACCGUUCCAGACCGAGUACUUGCCCAACCCCCUCAAGAGCAUAUCCUUCAACCCCACGCACACAACACAGCUGCUCACAGUCUCCGCGGUGCAAGGCGUGCGGAUCUAUGAUUUUGCGCUUGCUUCUCUAAACGACCCGGAUGCGACUGGACCACUGCCAGGCCAGGGCUCUUGGUUGUUGUCCCUGUACCAGCCUUUUGCUCGCCCUUCGGCAACAAGGAAGCCUAUUCUCGACGCCGCUUGGAUAGCACACGGCCGCGCUGUAUUGGCUCUCCUUGCCGAUGGCAUGUGGGGAAUUUGGGACAUUGACGGUGUUAGCCCUGCUGGAUCGGGCGCUAUCCUUUCAAGCAAGCUGAAGUCUGGAGUUCGUGGAGCCGCACUAUCAGCUUUCAACGUGUCUGGAUAUGUGGAGGGAACGAGCUCGCUCCGCAGUGUUACUAUGCAGAACAAGGAGAGCAGCACUGGGGAGUUUGCACCCAUGACCCCACACACCCGACGUCAAGCUACGGCUUCCCUCAGCUCUGCUAUUACUCUUGAUCGCCUGGCUACGAUCCAGGGCGGUAUCACGGUAGCGGCUCUACCAACAAGCGGAAACGCCGUCCAAGACGAGACAGUCGUGCUCUGGGUUGGUGGCUUGGAACACGUUUGCGUCAUUCCUGGUAUUCUGCGAUUCUGGGACUCCCAGCUUCGCAGAGGAACUGGUGCCGGUGUAGACAUUUUCAGCGGAGCGCAACCCACUAGAAUGGCCAAGCUCCUGGACCUGUCCACUGGUCUCUUGGGCGAGAGGUGCAAUGGAGUUGGCCUGGUGGUAGACGCCAAUCAUACCACCAUCCAAGACGGAGACCUCCCUGCCGAUGUGUUGAUUCUCGGUGAUUCUAGGAUUGUCAUUGUCCGAGAGGGAGAUGACGGACCGGGCAAGAAGAUUGGCGCAGUUGUCAAUACACGAAGACGGGGAUUGUUUUCUAAGAAGUCAGAUGCCAUCAUCGUGCAUGGCAAGCCAGGAAGGCCGGCCAAGGCGACUUUCAACCUCAGCACCGUCAAGCCUGGGACACUGCGACUACGGUCCGCUUCUGGACAACAUGAUAUCACUGGCGAUCUUGUGUCGAAUAACCGGGCACCAUCACGGCCCCGGGUUGGCUUCGACUUUAUGGACACCCUGAAUGACGCGGCAGAUGAGACGGAUGACUUUACAAAGCGAGACGUGGAGGUUGAGAUGUUGGAUAUUAUGGAGAUUGACAAGACUCUCGACAGCAUGAACGGAGGCCGACGGAGGUCAUGA